CCGCGCGAAAGCUGCAACUCUUCUUCGGCACUCGGACCCCACAGCGGAACUCGCGAAGGAAGAGCAGCGACAACGCCUCAACUCCAGGCGCCUUCGAGGCGAUUCCUCGCCGAGAAGGGCAAAUAUCUUUGGACGCCGGAAAUCAUCCUCGACCAGCAAAGAACGACCAACUAGGUCGUGUCGGGUGAGAGACGACGUCGCAAGCCAGAACAACGAAAAGUCACGCCAUGCCGGCAGGUAUUGGCGCUUCGUACAGGUCGUUAGGCGACCUGGGCGAAGACGUUUACAAAAGCACAACCAUCGUUGACCAGACACAGACCACCGGCCAGAGCGUUCUCGAAUCAGUGAAGAAGGCUUUUAGCUUCGCCUCGCCAAAGGUCGAGAUCCGAAAGAAGGACCCGCUGAUCGAGGACCAUCGCGAAAACAUCUCGAUUGUCUCAAGGGAGAGAAACAGGAUGCCGACAGCAGCCACUGCCGAGGAAUCUGCUCUAUUGGGCACGAUGCCUUCCGAUAGCAUGGAUGACAUCGAGCUGAAGAACAUUCAGUUGCAAUUUCCGGCACUGAGAUAUCUCUCCAGAGAUGACGGUUCUGUACGAGAAGAAAGAGUGGAAACCGAUAAAGGAAGUUUGCUAAUAGCGGUGCAAGGAAAUCGAGCAAAACCAGCUAUCCUCACUUAUCACGAUCUAGGCCUUAACUACAUCUCGAGCUUCCAGGCAUUCUUCAAUUACAUUGAUAUGCGUGUUUUACUCGAAAACUUUUGCGUGUAUCAUGUAAACGCACCCGGACAAGAGGAAGGUGCGCCUACGCUAGCCGAAGAUUACACUUAUCCGUCCAUGGAAGAGCUAGCAGAACAGCUGCUCUUCGUUCUCGGUCAUUUUGGCAUAAAAUCCGUAAUUGGUUUCGGAGUCGGUGCCGGCGCUAAUAUUCUGUCAAGAUUUGCACUCGCUCAUCCGGAGAAAGUAAAUGCACUAUGCCUGAUCAACUGUGUAUCUACGCAAGCAGGAUGGAUUGAAUGGGGCUAUCAAAAAUUGAACGUACGCCACCUAAGAUCGCAGGGUAUGACGCAGGGUGUUCUCGAUUAUCUAAUGUGGCAUCAUUUUGGCAGGGGGACCGAAGAGCGGAAUCAUGAUUUAGUUCAAGUGUAUAAGAACUACUUCGAGCGUCGUGUAAACCCAACGAAUCUCGCAUUGUUUAUCGACAGUUAUGUUCGUCGCACGGAUUUGAAUAUAACGAGGGAGUUGGAUCCAACGCGUAAGAAGGAAGGAUUGACGCUUAGUGUGCCAGUGAUCAAUAUCACGGGUGCUCUAAGCCCUCACGUCGACGACACCGUAACGUUAAACGGACGUUUGGAUCCAACAAAUAGCUCUUGGAUGAAGAUUUCGGAUUGCGGUAUGGUAUUGGAAGAACAACCGGGUAAAGUCAGCGAGGCGUUCCGACUGUUUCUUCAAGGCGAAGGAUAUGUGGUGAGAUCCCCGCGGAAGCCCGUGAAGCCGACAACAUCCGAAGUGGCCCCGCUGUCUCCGUUAAAAAUGGCCGAUUACCGAUUGGCUUCGUUAGAAGGACUGAAUCACGUUUGCAGCAAGAAAUUCGACUGGCCUACCGCGACUAUACACAUCACGGAGAAUCCGAUAUCGGAGGCAGUUGUUUGUUAAACAUUAAUCACCGAAUUUCACCAUCACCAUUGAUUUUAGUUACGCAAAUGAGCAUAAUUUGAAAAUGCAACUGAUAACUUAGAAAGGUUUCGUCGGGCAACGAUCCUUCGCGGUACUAAUCGCUAAUUUGGAGCUUUUCCUCUUUUCGGAGCUUUACGUCGGCACGAUAUAUUAAUUUUAAUUGCGAUUUACGCCGGGUCGACCAUACGCGCUCGUAAUAAAUGUUUAAUUCUAAAUAAUUAUAAGUUAAGAGCUUUAACGAAAGGAUUUACUAUAUUUAAGAGACAUUUAGAUGUUUUAUCAAUAUUAUACUUGUGCUCGGCAUGCGAUGUUGUUAGGAGUAUUGAUUAUAUCGAAUAAGAAUAAAUGAGAAGAUAAUGUUA